CAGAAACGGUACUAUCGUCAACGAGCCCACGCCAACGUCUUUACUGACCAUAAUCUGCAAUAUCCCUCGUCACCUCACACUAUGGACUGGUCACCGCACUACCCGGACUACUGCUCGACGCCGUCAAUUCCGGUAGACGGCAAUCCCACGGAGGCUUCCUCGUCGACAGCUGGCCAGAAGAAGGUAGAAUUUGCCGACGUCGGUUGUGGAUUUGGUGGUCUCCUAAUCGCCCUGGCGCCCCAGUUCCCUGACACCUUGAUGCUGGGUAUGGAGAUCCGGGUCUCUGUAACGCAAUACGUGCACGACCGAAUCGUAGCUCUGCGGCAGAUCCAGGACAUGUUCCCUGAUUCGAGCGAAGAAUCGGCCGAAGCUGUCGAGCCUGCCACCUCCACUGUAGAAGGCGUCGGAGCUACCCCUGUCGCCGAAAACGCUGAAGAGGAGACGGAACGACUAGCAGAAGAACGGGAAAACGAAAAGGCGCUCAAGGGCAAGCUCGACGGAGGUUUCAAGAAUGUCAGCGUGAUCCGAGCCAACGCAAUGAAGCAUUUGCCCAACUUUUUCGAGAAGGGUCAGUUGAGCAAGAUCUUCUUCCUCUUCCCUGAUCCUCACUUCAAGCGGAGCAAGCACAAGGCGAGGAUCGUGACGACGACGCUUCUAGCCGAGUACGCUUAUGUCCUCAGACCAGGCGGGAUUUGUUACACUGUUACUGACGUGAAAGACCUGCACGACUGGAUGAUGCACCACCUGAACCUGCACCCGUUAUUCGAAUAUAUCCCGACCGAAGAGCUCUUGGCCGCCAAGGACCCUGUCUUGCUCGCCGCUAUGACUAGCACCGAGGAGGGAAUGAAGGUCGAGAGGAACAAGGGUAGCAAAUGGGCUGGUUGUUUCAGGAGGAUCGAGGACCCGUUGGAGAAGCAGGUCGGAGGCGAAGACCUAGCCGUCAAGCCCAAGACGGCGAGAAAGGUCAUCAGGCGGGUAUGA